GUCACGGGCGGGGCGGGCUUCAUCGCGUCGCACGUCGUCAUCCUGCUCGCGAAGAAGCGCGGCCCCGGCGUCAUCGUCAACUUCGACCGGCUCGACUACUGCGCGUGCAUCGAGAACCUCAACGAGGUCGCGAAGCUGCCCAACUACAAGUUCGUCAAGGGCGACAUCUGCUCCGCGGACCUCGUGAACUUUGUGCUCGAGACCGAGGAGGUCGACACGAUCAUGCACUUCGCGGCGCAGACGCACGUGGACAACUCCUUCGGCAACUCGUUCCAGUUCACGCGGAACAACAUCAUGGGCACGCACGUCCUCCUCGAGGCCGCCAAGGUCCACUCCAUCAAGCGCUUCGUCCACGUGAGCACGGACGAGGUCUACGGCGAGGGCGAGAACAUGGAGACGGAGCCCAUGAUCGAGGACCACGUCCUCGAGCCCACGAACCCCUACGCGGCGACGAAGGCGGCGGCCGAGUUCCUCGUCAAGUCCUACCACCGCUCCUUCCAGCUGCCCAUCAUCAUCACGCGCGGCAACAACGUCUACGGGCCGCACCAGUUCCCCGAGAAGCUCAUCCCCAAGUUCGUCAACCAGCUCGCGCGCGGCCGGCCCGUGACGCUCCACGGCACGGGCGCCAACACGCGCAACUUCCUCUACGUCGAGGACGUCGCGCGCGCCUUCGACUGCAUCCUCCACAAGGCCGCCGUCGGCAAGAUCUACAACAUCGGCGGCUGCAACGAGCGGUCGAACCUCAGCGUCGCCAAGGAGCUCAUCCGUAUCAUGGGGCUCUCCGACAACGAGUCGUCGCUCAUCACCUUCGUGCCGGACCGCGCCUUCAACGACCUCCGCUACACGAUCGACAACUCCGAGCUCGCGAAGCUCGGCUGGAAGGAGCUCAUGUCCUGGGAGGAGGGCCUCGCGACGACGGUCGAGUGGUACCGCAAAUACUCGAACCGCUACAAGGACAUCGAGCGCGCCUUGGUCGCGCACCCGCGAAUCGAGUCCGCCGUCUCCGCCAUUUAG